CGCGGCGAGCGAGCGAGGCGAGGCUGAUUCCAUGUCCCCCGCUGCCGCCCAGCCAGACGCGCGAAGAUGAUGGCCAUGAACGCCAAGCAGCCUUUCGGCAUGCACCCGGUGCUGCAAGAGCCCAAAUUCUCCAGCCUGCACUCCGGCUCCGAGGCCAUGCGCCGAGUCUGUCUCCCAGCCCCGCAGCUGCAGGGUAAUAUAUUUGGAAGCUUUGAUGAGAGCCUGCUGGCACGCGCCGAAGCUCUGGCGGCGGUGGAUAUCGUCUCCCACGGCAAGAAUCAUCCGUUCAAGCCCGACGCCACCUACCAUACCAUGAGCAGCGUGCCCUGCACGUCCACCUCUUCCACCGUGCCCAUCUCCCACCCUGCCGCCCUCACCUCGCACCCGCACCACGCCGUUCAUCAGGGCCUCGAAGGCGACCUGCUGGAGCACAUCUCACCGACGCUGAGCGUGAGCGGCCUGGGCGCCCCGGAGCACUCGGUGAUGCCCGCACAGAUCCACCCGCACCACCUAGGCGCCAUGGGCCACCUGCACCAGGCCAUGGGCAUGAGCCACCCGCAUGCCGUGGCACCGCACAGCGCCAUGCCCGCGUGCCUUAGCGACGUGGAGUCAGACCCUCGCGAGCUGGAGGCCUUUGCGGAGCGCUUCAAGCAACGGCGCAUCAAGCUGGGGGUGACCCAGGCGGACGUCGGAGCGGCUCUGGCCAAUCUCAAGAUCCCCGGCGUGGGCUCGCUCAGCCAGAGCACCAUCUGCAGGUUCGAGUCUCUCACCCUCUCUCACAACAACAUGAUCGCGCUCAAGCCGGUGCUCCAGGCCUGGCUGGAGGAGGCAGAGGCCGCGUACCGAGAGAAGAACAGCAAGCCGGAGCUCUUCAACGGCAGCGAGCGGAAGCGCAAACGCACGUCCAUAGCCGCGCCAGAAAAGCGCUCGCUCGAGGCCUACUUCGCCAUCCAGCCCCGUCCUUCAUCCGAGAAGAUCGCGGCCAUUGCGGAGAAACUGGACCUUAAAAAGAACGUGGUGAGGGUCUGGUUCUGUAACCAGAGACAGAAACAGAAACGAAUGAAGUACUCGGCUGUCCACUGACUGUGGCGGGGCGCAGCGUUGGGAGCCAGGAGAGUCUAGGACGCAUCGCCCCCUUCCGAUGGCAGGGACGGUCGUAGGGAAAUGUUUCCUAGCAGGUCAGGCUCUCUCUCCCGAAACCAGACUUUCCCUUUUAUCCCGCCUAGUUGCCUCCCCAGCCUUCUCUUCUCUUUUAUUCCUUUCUAUUCUCACCAAAAAAGUUUUGGCGCUGGAGCGGGGUGGGAAUUCAAGGGUGGGCCUGGAGGGACUUUGUGCUGUCCGCGGUGCUGAAACUCGCCGCGCGCGCCUCCGGGCAGAGCCUCAGAGCCCAGGGCAGUGAAUGGACCCCGCCGCCCUGCCCGACGCUGGGGUGAAAGCACCACUUUGCUAAGGGCUAGGCAAAGGGUGAAGGAAUGGAAAGGAUGUGAUAAAUAAUAAUAUAUAGAGUCUAGGAUAUCUAAGUGGAACACAAACAUGUACUGGAGAUUUAUUAGAGUAUAUAAAAUACACGUAUGUUUCCAAAGGAUAGCCUUAUACUCCCUUCGCCUAAAUUUUAUCCAUCUUAGACUUUGGUUUGCCGUAAAUCCUCAUAAAAAGCAUGGAUUAGGUUCAGGGAAAGUGUACGGAGAGGUAGGGGCUCUGAGUUGCUCGAGGUAAGUAAGGGUCCAGAAAAGGAGGGUUCAGUUCAGCGACUGCAAAAGUUGGGAUUUGCAAGCAGCAGCCAGCACCAAUUCUGGCCGUUCUUCCUGACCUAGUGGGUUCUGAGUGUUAGUUACCUCCUGGUGGAGAGCAGGGGUUGGUACUGUUCCGGAUCUGACCCACUGAGGACUCUCGGACUGCCUGCUCAGCACUUCCAAAGCGAUUGUAACUUCUCCGAGUCAUAUGCAAGUCCUUCCAACACGUCUCACCUCAUUGCGCGUUUAUUACUGUUGUUAGCCUCCUUCAUUCCUCCUGUUUAUUUAACUCCACUUCUUUCCUUCCCUUUCACUGAAUGUCUCUCUGUGGAGGUUCGCUUACAGUUUUGGCGGGAAGAGGAGCAGGACCACCAACCUGGACCCUUCCUUCACACACCAGUCCCUUCACCCGCCCACCUGCCUCAUAUUUUAUUUUUUCGUUGCUUCUUGUUUGUGUGUUGCCGUGUGUGAUCUUUGGUUUCAUUCUCAAAAUAGGUACAAAUAAAAUAUUAAGUUUUCUUCUGUCUU